AUGUUUUUGACUAGAAGUGAAUAUGAUCGUGGAGUGAGUACAUUUUCCCCCGAGGGGAGGCUUUUCCAAGUUGAAUAUUCAUUGGAAGCCAUCAAAUUGGGAUCGACUGCCAUCGGCGUUGCCACUUCCGAAGGUGUGGUACUUGGUGUCGAGAAACGUGUCACUUCUCCACUACUAGAAGGCGACUCAAUUGAGAAGAUCGUUGAGAUAGAGCGCCAUGUGGGCUGCGCCAUGAGUGGUUUGACCGCCGAUGCGCGCUCAAUGAUCGAACACGCUCGCGUGUCAUCUGUCACUCACAACCUUUACUACGACGAAGAUAUAAGUAUUGAGUCUUUGACACAAUCUAUUUGUGAUUUGGCGCUGAGAUUCGGCGAAGGCGCUUCGGGUGAAGAAAGAUUAAUGUCAAGACCUUUUGGUGUUGCGCUGUUAAUUGCUGGCUACGACAGUGAGCAGGGAUACCAGCUGUACCAUGCAGAGCCCUCCGGAACCUUCUAUCGCUAUAACGCCAAAGCUAUUGGCUCAGGCUCUGAAGGUGCUCAAUCCGAGCUUCAAAAUGAAUGGCACUCCUCGUUGACCUUGAAGGAAGCAGAACUGCUUGUUUUGAAAAUACUGAAACAAGUCAUGGAAGAAAAACUCGAUGAAGGAAACGCACAGUUGAGUUGCGUAACCAAGGAAGACGGAUUCAAGGUAUACAGUGACGAGAAAACUGCGGCCAUUAUCAAAGAGCUGAAGGAUAAGGAGGCUCAAGAAAACUCAGAGACACAAGACGUUGAGAUGUCUACUUGA